GUCAAAACUUGCUUUCCUGGUCCUUGAGUUGGCUGGGUUUACUGUUUUACACACAGCUUACCGAAAUACAUUUGAGCUUUUAGCACUUUUAGAAGAUGUCCAUCACGGUGUAUUACAGCAGUGUCAGUGGCUCUAGAGAGGUAAAGCAACAUCAGGGUGAGAUUUUCGGGUUUUUGGAUUCCAAAAAGAUCAAAUACUUUGCUGUAGACAUCUCCACAAGUAAUGACGUGAAGGAGCAGAUGAGGAAGAAAGUGGGAAACCCCUCAGCAAUGCCUCCUCAGGUGUUUAACGGAGAUAAGUACUGUGGGGACUAUCAGAAGUUUUUUGAUGCAGUGGAGGAUGGGAAACCAGAAGCUUUCUUCAAACUCUGAGCUGCUAUUUGCACAUACUGUACACUAAACCCUUCUGUUUGUAAAAGAGAGGAUAUUUUAUGUUAGGAGAAUGCAUAUUUUGCACCAUUAAAUGAAUAAAAGAUUUUCUAUUAA